AUGGAUCCCGUCAGCGCAGUCUCGACCGCGACGUCUGUUGUCACAUUUAUCGACUUCACUGUCAAAGUUGUACUCCUUGGCCACAAAAUUCACGAGGAAGGUACCACCAUCGGCGUGUCAGAGAUCGAGCAUCGAGCGCAGGAACUCAAAUCCUGGGUCAAUGGCUUGCGUGCACCAAUCACCGGUCGCAAGGACUCACUCAAGGAUGAAUAUGAGGCCCUCGACCGCAUCAUUGCAGGUUGCUCUGAAGUUGGGACAGAAAUCAUCAGAUAUCUUGAGGACCUCAUCCCAAAGGCGAAAAAGAUAUCUGCAUGGAAAAGUUUCCACAUUGCGCUUCGGACUAUCUUGAAGAAAGAGGAAAUCGAAGGGCUUGUUAAAAAGCUUAAAGGCUACCAGCAGGAUCUCUCGUUGCGCCUCCUUGCCCUACUCAACGCGAAGACGGAUGUACACUCGUCAGAAGUGACUCAGCGCCUUGACAGUCUGGAGACGGCAAGUAAGCGCAUUGUGCAGAUUUUGACGUUCACACAGAGUUCUUCGGGAUUAUCGGCGUCGCCUCGAGAUCUCACAAGAAAUGCCGGAAACAAAAGCGAACAUACUAGAAGGGAGAAAGUGCUCCGCGUCAUUCUGGGGCUCGAAGACGGCACCACAUUUUCAGUCGCCGACCAAGACUUCGCACUUGCCGGCCAAGAAGACUCGGCCCCUGGCAACUUGAUCGAACGUGUGAUCACGUUCAGAGACCAAUCUAACACACAUCCCCGGGAAACGGUCUUCAACGAGCGAUUCUCGCCGCUUGCGACAAAAGUUUUGGCCGCGCUGCAUUAUCGUGGGCUGCAAAGCAGAUUCAGCGAUACAGCGAUAGCCCAUCAUGACACGUACGAAUGGAUCUUCAAAGCUCCCAAGCAAGACCUUCGCUGGUCCGACUUCGCGGAAUGGCUCCGUAGCGGACACAGUUUGUACUGGAUCUCAGGAAAGGCUGGGAGCGGAAAGUCUACCCUAAUGAAGUACAUCUGCUCAGACCCUAAAACCACUGAUCUUCUCGACUCAUGGAGUGGUGGCUCUACGUUGCUACAGGCUAGGUUCUUCUUCUGGGCGGCCGGACAUACCCUGCAAUCAUCGCAAGAAGGUUUAUUACGAGGGCUGCUGCAUACGCUCCUUACGCAAUGUCCACGGCUCAUACCAUCCGUCUUCCCUGAGAUCUGCACAGAGAUUGUUGCAGGACGUGAGCUGGAACUCUCCUGGGCGCUUCCAGAGCUUAUAGGAGCUCUUCAUCUGCUUGUCGAAAACUCCAAAGGCCUCAGAAUCUGCCUCUUCGUUGAUGGACUGGAUGAGUACGCUGGAUAUCACGGUGAUCUUAUCCGUGUUUUCGAAACACUGUCUUCAUACGAUAACGUGAAGCUGGUGCUGUCUAGCCGACCCCUGAUGGAGUUUACUGACGCUUUUCACAACAUGCCUCAGCUUCGGUUACAAGACCUGACGUAUCAGGACAUGAUGAAAUUUGUUUCUGAUAGGCUGGAUCACUCCCGAGGCUUAAGAGAAAUGGAAGAAUUGGAUCCAGAGCUUCGCUCAACCUUGGUGCGCGGCCUAUGCGACAAAUCAGACGGCGUUUUUCUCUGGGUGGUGUUAGCGCUUCGUUCAAUCCUAGACGGACUACAAAAUGGUGAAACAGCAUCUACGUUGCAACGCAAGCUUGACUCGCUCCCCUCGGACCUCUACGAAAUCUAUAAGCGCAUGUUCAAAUCGCUAGACCCAGCAACGCAAAAGAGUACGGCUCGGAUGAUUCUCAUAAUGCUGAGAAGCGAGGAAGUGCCAUAUUGCGAGCCGAUAAGCCUUCUCCAGCUAGCUUUAGCCGACAGUGAGGACACUACUGCUGAAAAGGCGGUUACCGAGGAAGUGCGGACCAUGCCGCCAGACAAGCGAAGAUCGCUGUGCUUGUGGAUGAAGCGAAGGAUCGAUGGCCAUACGAAAGGCUUGCUUGAAGUCACAGACCAAGACAAUAUCGUUGAGCGAGGCUCGUCUUCUAAUGACGCGUGGGUCGGGUUCUACCACAAGACUGCUAUUGACUUCUUCCGCUCUGAUGAGACAUGGGACCUACUGAAGACCCAAGCUGGCUCUGACUUCAACGUCGACCUUACUCUGCUCGUUUCAAGUCUUCUCGAGAUGAAGGCAUUGCCUUCGGAAUCUGCAAUUGUAGCAGAAACCAACCGUUCUGUUGCGAACUUGCGGCAAGGACUUAUGUUUGCCAGCUUUCUGGAAGAACGUAACCUUCGUCCAUACACGGCGUUACUAGACGAUAUGGAAAAGACUAUUAGGCGUCACUGGAAGAAGGCGAUGAUGUUCAAAAAGCGAGUGUUAGAUGCCGAAUGGACCGCAACGAGAGACAUGACUUUCGAACGAUUCGCCAAACAACAGGCCAAUACAAUGAUACCCGCCUAUUAUGUUGAACGGCCGCAUCCUUCCUUCUGCAGUCUUGCCAUGGGAUACGGCUGUUAUCUUUAUGUUGCCGACAAAGCUUCGUGGGAAGAAUCCGUCACAGCCCAACAACGAACUUCGUUGACCCUUGAACUCAUACGGUACUACAUGGAAAGAGAACUUCCACUGGACGGCCCAUCAGGUACGAAAGCGGUUACUGCGAUUGUCCAAAUUCUUGCUAUGGAUGCAGAAACCGUUCCUCACAUGGAUCUACACGAUUGCUGGAAUUUAUUCGCCAAUUACCUAUCUUCCGCGGACCAAAAAGGAUUGCGGUCUGACAAUGCGAGCACCAUGGAUCUGUGCCUCGCCUUCCUCAAUGAUCGCGAACUCCGACAACAUCCUGAAAUGACUGCUUCGGGUGUCCGAUGUUUGCUCCGAGAAUUCCAAUCUAGAGUCAUAACCGCAAAUUCAUCCGGCGCAAAGAGCGAUAGCACACAGCAAGAUCUAGACGAGUUCAACACGAAGUACGACGAGGCUCAGGCUAUACUCUCAACGGAAUGGAGAAAGGAGAACAGCGAAUCUCGGAAGUGGCCUGGGCUCACGUUCAUUCUCCUCAUAAUCCUCUUGUCGUUGCUUUUCCUAAGUUACAACCUAUUAUUCGGUUCGCUCGGUGGCCCAGAUACAAUGCGAGACCUCUAG